AUGAGGCGUAUAGAAAACGCCACCAGCAGGCAAGUGACCUUUUCCAAGAGAAGAAAUGGGCUGCUGAAGAAAGCAUUUGAGCUUUCAGUUCUUUGUGAUGCUGAGGUUGCACUGAUUAUCUUUUCUCCCAGAGGCAAACUUUAUGAAUUUUCCAGUUCAAGCACACGGCAGACAAUAGAACGUUACCAAAGGCAUACGAAAGAUGAUCAUGCUGAAAAUCCUCCGGAUGAACAAAAUAUGCAGCAGUUAAAGCAUGAAACGGCAAGUAUGAAGAAGAAGAUAGAGCUUCUUGAAAUUUCUAAACGGAGACUCUUGGGGGAAGGUUUGGGAUCAUGUUCUAUUCAAGAACUACAACAGCUAGAACAGCAGUUGGAGCGAAGUGUCGGGAUCAUUCGUGCAAGAAAGAUGCAAAUGUUCAGACAACAAAUUGAGGAUCUAAAAGAAAAGGGAAAAGCCCUCGCAGCUGAAAAUGCAAUGCUAUGCGAGAAGUUUGGACUUGAACCACAACAAGGAUCAAGCGAAGAGAAAGCAACUGUGGCAUGUACAGAUAAUAGUGAAGUUUCAGAUGUUGAGACUGAAUUGUACAUUGGACUUCCAGAGUCCAGAAAUAAGCUCAAUUCUCUACAGAAAUGA